AAACAAUUUAGAGACGCUGCUGAGUCAUUUCUUCUAAUUGAAGACUAACAUGGCCUGUUGUGCUCCACUUCUCAAAAAAGAGGGACGCAUUUGUACCGCGUCGAAGAAAAUGAUGGAAAGUAAAGGUUGGAGUGCGAGAUGUGACGUCUUUGGCGGACGGCUAACCGGUAACAACCCUUCUUUACAAGCGCACCGGUCGAGCUGCUUUGGACAAACUGGACCAGGCCUGGUAGGAGUCCAUUCGCCGCCAUCCAAGCCGCAGAGCAGAUGAUUCAGCUUGUCUGUGGGCCCAUCAGAAACAAAAUAGGCUGCCGCGAUGCCCCAGCGACGGGAUGGCACUUUCAGACACGUCCGGAACCAUCCCCCGGAUAUCCUGUUGAGAUUGCAACGUUCGUCGGGCGUACCCUUCCAGGCGAGAAGUAAUUGAAAACCUCCUCCCCGGGGAAAAACAAGACUUUGUCCUGAUUUGCUUGUCAAGUCAGGAGAAGGAGAGCAAAUUUUUAUAAAGAACAAUUUUCUCCCACUAUUAUUUUUUUUUUUUUAAGCAGAGAUGGAGGAAUAAGACUGUCCAGAAGAGAUAACGAGCCAACAGGUAGUCGAGUGAGAGAGCGAGAGAGAGAGAAUUAACAAGGGUUGUUUAAAAGCCUUUUUAUAAAGCCCAUCAGUGCUGUAUUGGAGUGCAGUGGGCCGAGGAGGGAUUGUCUGCAGGUACUCAGGUUUUAAACUUCCCACCAUCACCACCUGCCUGGACUGUCUCUUUUGGGUCUGCAGGAAAUAUGACUGAGUAAACCCACAGGCGGACAGACAAGUCUUUUUUUCCACGCGUCAGGGCGCGGAGCCAGGAGCAGCAGACAGCAUGCGACUCAUUGUCAUUCCCGACGACAUCUGAGGGAAGGAGAGAGAGCGGAAAGGGACAAACGUGGAAGGGGAGAGAGGGGAUCGAGGCGCAAGAAUCGGAGACGGCCCUGUUUUGUUGCCCUGGCCUGCUUUUUGCACUCCUAAAACAGGUGUGUGAAAAUCCUCUUUUUCGUCUGCAUCUGCACCACGUUUACUCGUUUGUCUCUCAGCCGGCAAGGUGAUUGCUUUUCGGGAGAACAAGAAAAGGAGGACACAAAAAGGAAAGGGAUUAUUUUUGUUUCCGUCAGACGAUAAACAGCAGAGGUUUCUUCAGUGCCCCCCCGCAUCCCCACCCCUCCCGUAACGCCAUGAAGCUUUCAGGCCUUGGCUGAAGCUAGGAGCGCUCCCGACUGUUCCUGACUCCUUCUGUGGCGGUACAGGCAGCCAGCAGACCGUUCUCCAUGAGGAGCAGUAGAAGAUGCCGGCUCUGCCAGCACUGCUGCUGUCGAUACACUUCCUGUCCUCCUUCUUGCUAGCCAACAUGCCGCCACGCUCGCUGAGUCAGACCCCCGUGCUCUCCUCCGUCCGCAUGGCGGCCAUCCUGGACGACCAGUCGGUGUGUGGGCGCGGCGAGCGUCUGGCGCUGUCCCUGGCCAGGGAAAACAUCAACAGUGCGAUUGAGGGUCCGGUGCGAGCCCGAGUGGAGGUAGACAUAUACGAGCUGCAGAAAGACUCCCAGUACGACACCACUGACACCAUGUGUCAGAUUCUUCCCAAAGGCGUUGUCUCUGUGAUAGGCCCCGCCUCCAGCCCCGCCUCAGGCUCCACUGUCAGUCACAUAUGCGGCGAGAAGGAGAUCCCGCAUGUCAAGAUCGGCCCGGAAGAGACGCCCCGCUUACCGUACCUCCGCUUUGCUUCCGUCACGCUGUACCCCAGCAACGAGGACCUAAGCCUGGCCAUCGGGGCCAUCCUGCGCUCCUUCAGCUACCCCUCAGCCAGCCUGGUCUGUGCCAAGGCUGAAUGCCUGCUGAGAUUGGAGGAACUGGUGCGUCGCUUUCUCAUCUCCCGCGAGACACUGUCAGUCAGGAUGCUGGAUGACAACCUGGACCCAACCCCGCUGCUGAAGGAGAUACGUGACGACAAAGUCGCCACCAUCAUCAUCGACGCCAACGCCUCCGUCUCCUACCUCAUCCUCAAGAAGGCGUCGGAGCUGGGAAUGACGUCGGCGUUCUACAAGUACAUCCUCACCACCAUGGACUUCCCCCUUCUGAGACUGGAUGACAUCGUGGAUGAGCAGUCCAACAUCGUGGGCUUCUCCAUGUUCAACACCACACAUCCCUUCUACCUGGAGUUCAUCCGCAGCCUCAACCUGUCGUGGAACGAGGCCUGCGACCUGACCUACCCCGGCCCCGCCCUCUCGUCGGCGCUGAUGUUCGACGCGGUGCACGUGGUGGUGGGGGCGGUGAGGGAACUCAACCGCAGUCAGGAAAUUGGCGUGAAGCCGCUCAGCUGCACCUCGCCUCAGAUCUGGCAACACGGCACCAGCCUUAUGAACUAUCUGCGCAUGGUGGAGUACGACGGCCUGACGGGACACGUGGAGUUCAACAGCAAAGGUCAAAGGACCAACUACACCCUGAGGAUCCUGGAGAAGCACAGAGGAGGCCACAAAGAGAUUGGUAUCUGGUACUCCAACAACACCCUUGCCAUGAACUCCACCAGUCUGGAUAUUAACGUCUCCGAGACGCUGGCAAACAAGACCCUCAUUGUUACCACCAUUCUGGAAAACCCAUACGUGAUGCGCAAAGACAACUACCAGGAUUUCCGCGGCAACGACCAGUACGAGGGCUUCUGUGUGGACAUGCUGAGGGAGCUGGCCGACAUCCUCAAGUUCUCCUUCAGGAUCAAACUGGUGGACGAUGGCCUCUACGGCGCCCCCGAGCCCAACGGCUCCUGGACGGGCAUGGUGGGAGAACUCAUCAACAGGAAAGCCGACCUGGCGGUGGCAGGCUUCACCAUCACGUCAGAGAGGGAGAAAGUUAUCGACUUCUCCAAGCCCUUCAUGACCCUGGGGAUCAGCAUCUUGUACAGGGUUCACCUGGGUCGUAAGCCGGGCUACUUCUCCUUCCUGGAUCCUUUCUCCCCGGCUGUGUGGCUCUUCAUGCUGCUGGCCUACCUGGCUGUGAGCUGCGUGCUCUUCCUGGCUGCAAGGCUGAGCCCCUACGAGUGGUACAACCCUCACCCGUGUCUGCGGGAGCGCAGGGACAUGCUGGAGAACCAGUACACUCUGGGCAACAGCUUGUGGUUCCCCGUCGGCGGCUUCAUGCAGCAGGGAUCCGAGAUCAUGCCCAGAGCCUUGUCCACCAGAUGUGUCAGCGGAGUGUGGUGGGCGUUCACCCUCAUCAUCAUCUCGUCCUACACGGCCAACCUCGCCGCCUUCCUGACCGUGCAGAGGAUGGAGGCCCCCAUCGAGUCCCCGGACGACUUGGCCGACCAGACCAACAUCGAGUACGGGACCAUCCACGGAGGGAGCACCAUGAGGUUCUUCAUGAAUUCCCGCUACCAGACGUACCAGCGCAUGUGGAACUACAUGUACUCCAAGCAGCCAAGCGUGUUUGUGAAGAGCACCGAGGAGGGCAUCGCCCGCGUGGUCAACUCCAAGUACGCCUUCCUGAUGGAGAGCACCAUGAACGAGUACCACCGCGGCCUCAACUGCAACCUCACGCAGAUCGGAGGCUUGCUGGACACCAAAGGAUACGGCAUCGGCAUGCCGCUAGGCUCUCCGUUCAGAGACGAGAUCACGCUGGCCAUCCUCCAGCUGCAGGAGAACAACCGGCUAGAGAUACUCAAGAGGAGGUGGUGGGAGGGAGGACAGUGUCCCAAAGAGGAGGACCACCGUGCCAAAGGUUUGGGCAUGGAGAACAUCGGCGGCAUCUUUGUGGUGCUCAUCUGCGGCCUCAUCAUCGCCGUCUUCGUGGCCAUCAUGGAGUUUGUGUGGUCCACGCGUCGCUCCGCCGAGACCGAUGAGGUGUCUGUCUGUCAGGAGAUGAUCACAGAGUUCCGAAACGCCGUCUCCUGUAAGAAGAGCUCCCGCUUGCGCCGGCGCCGGCCGCUCAGCAGCACGGCGGCGCUGCGCCACCCGAACCGCAUCGCCCUGGGGGCCCCCCGGCCCCUGCGCCUCGUCCGGGAGAUGCGCAUGAGCAACGGGAAACUGUACAGCGGAGCCGGCCCUCUCACGGGCGGCGCCGGAGGAGUGCCGCCCCCUGAUUUGGGGCCCGGUCCCCAGCGGCUCCUGGAUGAUCCUCUCGGCGCCAACGCCACCCCUCCGCCGCCGGCCCCCACCCCGGUGAUGCUGCCCACCCGCAGUUGCACCCACGUAAGGAUCUGCCAGGAGUGCCGCAGGAUCCAAAGCUUAAGAUUGGACAGCGGUUUGGGAUCGACCAUGACGAGGAUACCGCCCUCGUCCGCGCCGCUGCCCCGGCUACCCCCGCCCCCUCCCCUGUCCUCCUCAAACACGGACAGCGAGGGCGGAGGCGGGCCCAGCCCCAGGCGGCUGCACAGCCCCCCGCCUCACAGCGCCCGGCCCGUCCCGCCACAGAACCUCAACAAAUCAGACCUGCUGGGGGACCAGGCCUGAAGGGGGGCGGGGCCAAGGUUGUUACGCCAAACAAACAGGAGGGAAUGCAAACAAUAACGAGCGGAUGCAAAAUGUGAUGAAAGAGGACUUAAACCCGUUAAAAGCCUGCAGGAUCAGCAGCGGCUGCCCGCAUGCGCUUCGGACCAGACUGACGGAAGCGCUUCUUUAAUUUCCCUUCUCGCGCCGAGGCUUUUCUUCCAGACACUUUCGGGAAGAUCCCGGACACGUGGGGACUCCCUGAGGAUGAUUACAUGUUGUUUUACUCAUUUGUUGUCUCGUUUCUGUUGACCAUUUGUUCCAAGCGGGCGUUCAAUAAAAAAAAAAGCCUCUCCGGUGUGACAAUACGCCGGAUUAUGACCUUCGCCAAACCACGUGACGGCGCCUAAUCGCGUCGGAGAGUUUUGUGUCCCUCCCGGGCUGUGUCCUCGCCGCUCGAAGGAAGGAUGGCUGACACGGGAGUGGAACCGUAGCACAGUUGACGUGUGUGUUUAACAAGUGUGUUCAAAGUCAGCAGAAGUCGGCACUCUCCUAUUAAAUGUUAGCUCAUCAAAAAAGGUGCGGCAGGCAGCUUUGAAAUGUGUAACGAACCUCCCUCGUUAUCCCGCUCGCUUCCUGCCUUUUCCACCGCCACUCCGGCAGCGACGAGGAGGUGCUGAAAUUAGGACACCUCACGGGCGCCCCCCAGCCCCCCUUAAGUUUUGUGCUUUGGAAGAGAUGCUGGCACUACAGAGACCUGACAAGUUUUAGAAUUUAUGAUUUAUGGACAUUUUGCUUGAUGGCGGCCAUGUUUUUUGAAGCAAUCGUGUCAGUCCCCUGAAGGUGUGCACCAAAUUUUGUGGCAAUUUGGCUAAAUACAGCAGGUGUUUUGCAGAAGUGUGAGAAGUUAGAGCAGCGGUUCUUAACCUUGUUGGAGGUACCGAACCCCACCAGUUUCAUAUGCGCAUUCACUCAACCCUUCUUUAGUGAAAAAUAA